AUUCAAAUCUGUUUUGAGGCGCUUAAAAUUUGCGGUCAGAAGAUUGUUCCGCAUUCGUUCGCUGUUUUUGUGCAAGUCAAGUUUGUUUUACACAAAUCCGGCUUUGUGUUUUGUAGUGUGCAGCGAGGACACUGUUUUGUUUUUCCGUGUUUCGUUACGAACGAUAAGCAAAACUUUCGCUCCCACUCGUGGCUGUCGGAAGAGAUGCAACAAUCGGCUUGACGGUAAACAAGAACGCACCGUGUCUCGCGAAAAUCUAGAACUUACGAACGCACCAUGAACAGUCAGCUGCUGGCGGACCAGCAAUUGGCCAAGCUUUACUUCGUACUGCGCGUAGGGCACAAUUCGAACGAAAAUGCUUCCGAGGACAUGAAGAUGGCUUACACGACCGCCCGGGAGCACAAUGACAACGAGGAGCUGCAGGGCUGGAUCACCGAGGACGAGUGCCUGAAGAUGGACGAGCAAACGCUCACCAAGCGGCACGUGUUUGUGUUUGAAAAGUUCACCGGUACCGCGUUCGAACACGCACGCAAGUCACCAUCCACCGUGAUCGGGCCCCGCUGUCUCAUCAGCUGCUUCAUGGACAACGAGACAAUACCGCUCGGCGUGCAUCCGGUGUACACGACGGCGAUGCGCAACCUCACCGUGUGCAGUUCCGGACUGAAGGCGAAGGAAAAGUCGCUCGUCAGUCAGCUGGUGUGCCACAUGGGCGGGUACUAUCUGGACGUGCUGAAUGCCAGCUGUACGCAUCUGGUGUCCUCCACGGUCAAAUCGGUCAAGUACGAGAAGGCGGCCGAAUGCAAACUGCCGAUCAUGCACCCGGACUGGGUGAAUGCGGUAUGGGAGGAAAGUCAGCGGCGCGAUCUGCACGCAACCGAGCCCGGCAUCAUCGAGCGCUACCGCUUGCCGGUGUUUUACGCACUCACGAUCACCUCGACCGGGCUGACCGCGGCAAAGAAGAAUGAAAUCAAAUCGUUGAUCGAAUCGAACGGAGGCAAUUAUGUUGGUUCGUUCAAAUCGGAAACGACGGACAUACUGAUACUGGAGAAGACGGGCACCGAGUCGGCCAAGUUUCGUGGUGCCGUACGCUGCAACAAGGAAUGUCUCACACCGGAAUGGAUUGUGGACAGUGUGGCGUGCGGGUACGUGCUGCCGGUUCGCGAGUAUGAAGUAAAAAGCCUGAAAGCAUCCACACCGACGAAAGCGGAAGAACCGGCCGUUGCCUCCGGUGCGGUUGGGUUGCGCAUUUCCGGCGGUCAGUUUAAUCCCGACUGCACGCAACUGUCCGAGAUAUCGCACGCUAAUUUUUCCGCACGAAAUGAAACAAUCAACGAAAGUAUUAUGAGCGGAGGUGCGGAUGGAAUGCCGCCUAGCGUUUCCGGCGUUGCACGUCCCGCCGGAAGUCAGCGGUACCGGGAAGUGCUCGCGCGCAUGACGGUGCAGCAAGCAAAGAAGGCGGGACCCGUGCUGGAUGGGUGUAGCGUUUUUCUGAGCGGUUUCACAGCGGACGAGAGGGAAAAGUUGAACAAAAUCCUCAACUCCGUCGGUGCCGUACGGUAUGACGAGAUAUCGGGCGCCAUCAGCCACGUGAUUGUCGGUGAACAGCACGCGUCCGAGUUGGCAAAGUUCCGUGACUCUACGGCCCAUCUGCUCACGCUCGAUUGGUUAGCAAAGUCGAUCGAGCGGCGCCAGCUAGCGCCGGAAGACGCAAGCGAAUUCACGUUCCAGCCGUCCGGCAAGGGCAUCGUAGAUCGGGCACCGGAACCACCGUCACCGUCGAGCAAGAAGAAUCUCCAGCGCAUGAACAGCAGCGUGUUUAAGCGACCGGAUGUGCCGAAGUUCCGCCUCGAAGAGCCAACGCCACCUGGGCCGAGCAAAGCGUCGGCGGCACCGCCGGCCGCGAAGCAACCGAACGAGGUGGACUCCAUCAUGAUGCAGUACAUGGAGAAGAAUAUGGCCGAAAAGCUGCCGGUGGAACCGAAACCACCGUCAUCGGGUGCGUCCUCCACCACCAGCGGUGUGAGCCAGCUGGAAUCGGAGCUGGAAUCGCAGUUCCCGGAGUUUAUGCUCGGGAAGACGCUGUUCGUGUUCGGCUUCUCGGAGGAAGAUGCGUUACAGAUACUGUCCGAUUGCAAGGAAUGCGGUGGAACGAUCGUCGACGAAAGCUACACCGACGAGGUCGAUUACAUCGUGCUGCCGACGUCGUGCAUCGGUUCGCCGGACUUUGCCGUGCGCGGUAAGGAAACGGUCAACUGCAUCUGGCUCGAAACCUCGAUACAGAGUGGCCAGUGCUGUCCGAUGGAGUACUACUACGAGCCGAUCAUUUACGGCGAGGAUGAUCCUACCCCGCUCGAGGGAGAAACGGUCGUGAUCAGCUCGUAUUCCGGGCCGGAGCGUGAGUUUUUGAUAGCGAUGGGGAAACUGCUGGGGGCUUGCGUGCAGGAACGUCUCGUCCGGAAGGCUGCACCGUUGCUGGUGUGCAAGGAGCCGGCCGGUGCCAAGUACAAUGCGGCAAUCCAGUGGGACUUGACGGUGGUGCGCGCGGAAUGGUUGCGGGAGUGCGCACGGUUGAAGCGUCGCGUUGCCGAAAAUCCUUUCCUUGUGGGUGAUGCAAUCUGUUCUGCGAAGAACGUUGCCGCCGGUGCUGGUGCGGCGUGCCUUCCCACCACGUCUACCGACGAUGUGGACAUCGAGUCCGUUCGGGAGGAUCAGCCCAAGGAGGAAGAGGAGCCUUCCAUGCUGCCGCAAGCCUCGUCGACGAUGAAACCUCUCCCGAAACCGACCACUGGCGGUGAGUUCCAGUACAUCACGGUUCAGAAAACGCGCGAGGAAACGGAACUGCAGUACGGCUUUAAGCGGCUGUCCACGCCGAAGCUAAGGCAGCUUACGAGCGACGAGCGGAUGGUGUACUCGCAGGAGAUGGACCAGUACGAGGAUCUGAUCAAGGCACAGCGUGCCCAAAGGAAACCCUUCGAUCCGAACGAAGGAACAGCCGUUCCGGGUGCGAUGGAGUCUCCUGCCGGGGAUGUCCUGCGAACGCGCCGCUUUACGGCCAUUUCCGAGGAAGGGAGAGGAUCGUCCUCAUCCCGCUCACCGGUAACUCCCGUUGCGCCCGGUGGAUCCGGAGCGACCAGUGCCAACGUUACGCCGAUCGGUGCUGGCGGCGAAUACGAAGCCAUGAGUGUGACACAGCGCGUGAUGGACUUUGACACACCGAUUCGCACCACACUGUACAAGGUGCUGAAAGAGGCGGAAGAAGCGGAUCGCAACAUUACGCCCCGAACGAGACGCGUCCAGGAGCUGUUGGCCACACCGCACGCUGGCCCCGGGACGGUCGGUGAUGGUCGCAUCCGUACCCCGACGCUUCCCGAAUGCAUGACAAAGCCCGUCACACCGUACGGCUUCCGGCCGGACGCGAGCCCCGACAAUCACGCCUACCACAAGCGCAAACUGCAGCACUGGGAUCGGUACUACAAAUCGUCCGCCGGCAGCACGGCGGCAGCUGGCCCGUCCGGCGAACCGGGCGUGGAAACGGCUUCCCAGAAAGCACGCCGGCUAAGCACACCCAUCAGCGAGAUCAAGCGCCGGUUCUACGUGGAAAAGUUUGGCGAUGGGUACGCGCACCAUGUGGAAUCCAAGUGUACGACGGUUCCGCGCAAGAUGCCAGAUUUAAACCGCUCCGGAGAGGCGGACACGAGCCAGGAGGAGGAAAUUGCCUGCACUGCACCACAGCCACAGGAGAAGGUGCCAUCGCCUGUUGUGGCGGGAGCCGUCCGUUCGGCAAACUCAUCGAGCGGAUCGCUCGAACGAAGCAACACCAGCGCUGAAAAGCGAUCCCGCAGCGAGCUGGAAGAGCAGGACGAGGCGGUGGACGAUUUGGACGAGAGUGACAAGCAGCAGUACCGUAGUCCGGCGCCUGGUGUACAGGAGCCUGCCGCGAAAAAGCCGCUGCUGAAUGUUGGGCGAGGUGACGAGUUCGUGCAGCGGUUGAGUGACGUUAUUGCGGCGGCCAAAGAGUCGGCCAAGAAGAAGGCCAAGAUUCAGCUGCAACCCGACACGGAGCAUAUACCGCCGGAACAGUACACCGAGAUGGAUUACGAUUCGGAAGUUAAUGUCGGAGGAGUCGUUUGGCGCGAACGUGACAUUGAAAACAUCCAGGCGAAUGAAUCCGCUAGACAACCACCGUCCAAAACGAAACCGAACGACACGAUCAACGAGAAGAGUAUGAAAGAGAAAAGCUCCACCGCACGGGCGAAUCCGCACGGUAUGAAGUACCCGGGAGUGCCCGUGUUUGCCAUCUCGGGCGUGCCGGAAAACGUACGGCUAGAGUUGGCGCGGAAAAUCGAACAUUUGCAGGGCAGGCUGGCAUCGGACCCGAACCGGUACGAUCCGGAAUGUACGCACAUCCUGUGCGGGAAGCCCAACCGGGGCGAAAAGAUGCUGUCUGGGAUAGCGGCGGGCAAGUGGCUACUCUCUACCAAGUAUCUGGACGACAGUUUCGAUGCGGGGUACUUUUUGGAUGAAGAGUGCUACGAAUGGGGCAACCCGAAGGCGGCCGGCAAGCUGACCGCACUAGCGUCGGCUGGGGAUUUGGAAACGGCCGCAGCCGCUUAUACCUGGCGCACGCGCAUCGCAAACGACGUGGGUAAGCAGGACGGGGCCUUUACCGGGUUCCGGGUGCUGCUGGCGGUACCGAAGAAGGACCAGUUCGUGCGGCUGAUACAGUCCGGGGGUGGGUUCGUGCUCGAUCUCGAUCCACCGUUCAUCAGCUCGGAACGUGCCAUGUCGGCCACCCACUGCUUUGUCGACCGGAAGGUGAAGCUGACGAGCGAGGAUCAUCGCGCGCUGGCCGAGGCCGGCAUUGCCGUGCUGUCCAUCAUGUACCUUAACGCGUACCUUACGUCGGCUAGUCUGCCCGAUCCCAACAACUUCCAGCUGCCGAUCUAAGCGACUUAGCGUAAGUGUUUUUUUCUUUCUCUUUGUUUGCAGCUGUUAGUUCAGUGAUUACAUAGAUUCCAUUACGAUCUUCUGUUGUGAAUGCUUCUUUGCUCUGCAAUAAACUGUUAGGGUAAACCGAACAGUGAUGGUUCAUGUGGACUAGGAAGCGCCUAACGAA